UAUAGGAAGGAAAAUAUCGUUCCAUGUUUUUCCUAAAGAGGAGUCAGUCCGGAAGAUGUGGUUAGUCCGCAUCAGACGAGACGAGGGCUCGCUGUUCAAGAUUACAAAUUGCACAUAUGUGUGCUCAGAACAUUUCUCCUUGGACAAUUUCAAAAGGACUCUAACAGGAAUAAGAAAGCUGAAGGAGGGAACAGUCCCCACUGUGUUCCAGUGGAAUAAUGCAAAAGCUGAGAGACCUCCUCCCAAAAAACGUCCAUUUGUCCUAGACCAUCAACUUCAAGAAAAGCAUAUGAAGCAUGCUGAUGCUGCUCCUGCAGAUGGGGAUGAUAUUCAUCAGCCUAUUCCUAGUCAGGACCAUGACUAUGUGACAGACCCUCUUCCGCUGUCGGAUGCAGAGAAGCUGGAGCUCUCAACACAGUACAUUGCAACGCUUGAAGCUAGGCUGCAGGCAAAAAUUAAUCAAAGGUUUUGUAUUGAGAGGUUUAGUACUGAUGAAUAUACUUUAAAUAUGUAUACAGGUUUUAAGUCAUAUGCCUGUUUAAAAGCUGUGUUUGAGAGUCUCCAGCCAACUGCUUUUACAAUGACACGCUGGAGUCAGAUUCAACGUAAGAGGUUAGGUGUUGACAGUAAGGAAGAUCCUUUCCGCUGUGAAACACUUCCUCUUAUUGACCAGUUUUUUCUAUUUCUAUGUCGUAUUCGGCAAGGUCAUAAUGAGCAUGAUCUUGCUAUCCGUUUUGGAGUCUCUACUAGUACAGUAAGUAGAUUAUUGAUAACAUGGGUAAACUACUUGUAUUUUAUGUUGGGAAGCUUGCCCAUUUGGCCUUCAAAAAGCAGAGUGAAUGCAAAUAUGCCUGAAUGUUUCAAAGUCACAUACCCUAACACCAGGGUGAUCGUGGACUGCACAGAGUUGCGUGCCCAAACCCCUAGUGCUAAGGUAUUGAAUUCAGAAACUUAUUCCAAUUACAAGUCGCACACAACCUUUAAGGGUUUAAUUGGUAUAACACCUUGUGGUGCAAUCAGUUUUAUAAGUGCAUUACACACUGGUUCCAUUUCAGACAAGGAAAUCACCAAAGUGUCAGGAUUGAUAGACCUUCUUGAUGUCGGAGAUGAGGUGAUGGCUGACAAGGGAUUCCUGAUACAAGAUCUCUUGCAGAAAGUUGGUGCUAAAGUUGUAGUUCCACCUUUUCUCGGUUUGAAGGGUCACUUUUCAAAAAAAUGAAGUUAAAAACACACAUGAAAUUGCCAGAUUAAG